AUGUCUGACGGCUGUGCUGUGGAGCUCAGAUUCAGGACCAGCGUGUCGAGCGCGACCACCACGACCACGCCGACCCAGGAGCCGCCGUCGCUCUUCUGCUUCAGCGUCAUCAGGGUGACCAAGCAGAGCACCGAGCCAGAGCUCCUCGCGGCGCAGUACGAGAAGGGGGCCAGCAUCUUCAGCUGCGACGCGUACACGGUCCUCAGCAACGGCGGCUCGGUCUACCUCGCCGGGAGGGAGACGCCGGAGAUCGACGUGUCCACGGUCAAGCUCGGCCACAUUGGGGAUGCGGGGGUCACCACGAGCUCGUGGGUCAACACGGCGAUCUUCAUGGAGGCCUGGAACAUGGUCGGCGCCGAGGGCACCUUCCGGACCUGCGACUGGACCGUGAAGGUCGACCCGGACGCCGUCUUCUUCCCGCAGCGGCUCGCCCCGCGGCUGGCGCCCCACACCGAGAGCGGCGGCAACGGCUACUUUGUCAACAAUUGCGGCGCGUUCGUCCAGUUCGGCUGGAGCGAGUUCUACGGCUCGCUCGAGGUGUUCUCCCAGGCGGCAGUGGAGCGGUACCUCGUGAAGGCGAACCAGCAGCGGUGCAGGACCGAGCUGGAGUGGGACGGCUGGGGAGAGGACCUCUUCGUCAGCCAGUGCAUGGUCAAGCUCGGGGUGGACCACAUCGACAUGUUCGACAUGCUCGGCGACCAGCGCUGCGUCGCCGCGCCCUGCACCGACACGACCAAGGUCGCCUUCCACGACUUCAAGGACUCGGGCUCGUGGUUUGACUGCUGGUUCCAGUCCGGCGGCGUUCCGCGACCAGUCAUUCCGCUGCAGGUCGCCUCCGUCUGA